UGCCCCUAGGCACGUCACACAGGGCAGUACGGAGGGUGCCGUUACUCAGGGACGGUUGGGGACUUUGCUUGGGCCCCGCUGGGAUGGCUCCUUUACCCCUGGGGCCGGUCUAUCUCUUGGCAGCCCUGAAUGUCUCCUGUUUGUUCAUGCAGUUCACUGUUACCCCGUAUCUCGCAAAGAGUCUUGGCUUGGACGCGGUUGGGUUCGGUUACCUGCAAACUGUUUUCGGGAUUCUGCAGCUUGUCGGAGGCCCAGUUUUUGGCAGGUUUUCGGAUCAGUAUGGCGCCCGAGCUGCUCUCAUCCUCUCCUGUUUGUCCGGCUCAUUGCAUUUUCUCAUCCUCGCCUUCGCAAGCAACAUCCCCACCCUGUUCCUAUCCCGCCUUCCAUUUGUCUUUAUGCACACUCUGCCAGGAGCUCAGAUGGUUGUAACGGACGUGACCCCGGCGCAGGAACGAGCCAAUGCCCUGGGAAAGCUCGGCCUUUGUUUUGGCUUAGGAAUGAUCAUUGGAUCAUCUCUGGGUGGAUUUCUUGCUUCCCGAUUUGGGAUUAAUGCCCCUACCUGGGUGGCCCUGGCAGCCAAUCUCCUGUGCUGUGUGAUUGUCAUGAUAUCAAUUCCUGCAGAGACAAAGAGGAGAGUGGACCCCCCGAGCGCUGGGGCAGGCGCCUCCCCGGGGCUGUUCAGCUUCACGGAACUCAGGCGGCUGCUCCGAUUCCCAAACGUCCUGUCCGUUUUCAUGAUAAAAGUUCUCUCUGGAUUUCCAGUAGGGAUUUUCAUGAUAAUGUUCUCGGUUAUCUCGGUGGAUUUCUUCCGACUGAGUGCGGCCUCGGCCGGGUACCUAAUGUCCUACUUUGGGAUCCUGCAGCUGGUUGUUCAGGGCUUCGUGAUUGGAUUCCUGACCAGUCGAUAUUCAGAACAAACUCUGCUGUUACUGAGCAUGCUCAUCUCCGUAGGGGUCGGACUCGGGAUGAUGUUAAUGAGCGACGUGUUUGAUUUCUGCCUGAUUGCCAUCCCCAUGGUAUUUACCCUGAGUAUGGGCGGCGUCAUCACCGACAGCAUCUUAACCCAAGCAGUUCCACCCUCCGACACUGGUGCAAUACUGGGUAUUUGUGCCUCCGUCCAGCCUUUAACCCGUACCCUUGGGCCCACCAUCGGGGGCUAUUUAUAUAAACACUACGGGGUCCCGUCCUUUGGCUGCGUCAAUAUCGCAAUUAACCUGAUUUUAGCCAUUUACCUUCUAAAGGAUCAAGUCAACCGAAGAAAACAGAAAUAGCAGCCGAGAAUGUGAAUGUAACCGCAUUGGGCAGAAGUCUGAAAGGAGCAUUGGGGGGUUUGUGGGGGGUUUGUGGGGGGGUCUGUUCUUUUUUACUUUUCAACAGAGGUUUGAACAUACAAUAAAGGUAUCACUGUCAAUGAAA